CAACACACAGCUACAUUCACCCACAGACCGAGGUACAGACGAGAGACAACCUCUGGCCCCCCAGCAGCUGGCCACCUUUGCAGCCCCAGCCUUGAACCCCCCGACUACCCUCCCCCCCAUCCCCUUCCCAAUUGAAGGAGCGGAAAGAGAAGAGAGAAGAGUGAGCAGAGAGAUUGAGAGAGAGAGAGAGAGAGAGAGAUAGACGGAGAUCUCUGGAGCAGACCUCAAGGUGCCUUCUGUUUCUAUCUGGUUCACGUCUGGGGGGGCCCUGGCCGGGCAGCCCCCCCACAUUUCUCCUGCCCUGAAACACGGCUCUAGCCAACCUGCUCCGCUGCUUCACCUGCGACCGUCUGUGUGGGGGCUGCACAGCGCCAGCCCCGCCUGCCCGCCAGGGCAUCGUCCUCCAGCCCGUCAUGCCCAGUUGUGACCCUGGCCCAGGCCCUGCCUGCCUCCCCACCAAGACGUUCCGCAGCUACCUGCCCCGCUGCCACCGCACGUACAGCUGCGUCCACUGCCGCGCACACCUGGCCAAACAUGAUGAGCUCAUUUCCAAGUCCUUCCAAGGGAGCCAUGGCCGAGCCUACCUGUUUAACUCCGUGGUCAACGUGGGCUGUGGGCCAGCUGAACAGCGCCUCCUGCUCACGGGGCUGCACUCAGUAGCUGAUAUUUUCUGCGAAAGCUGCAAAACUACACUGGGUUGGAAAUAUGAACAAGCUUUUGAGACGAGCCAGAAGUACAAGGAAGGGAAGUACAUCAUCGAAAUGUCACACAUGGUGAAGGACAACGGCUGGGACUGAGGGGCUCAGGCAGGCUGUGCCCUCCCUCCGCAUGCCCCACCCUCCCCACACCUGUCCCCUGGCCCUGCCAAGCAGUCCAUACCAGCAUGAGCACUGCCCCACCCCUGGGGGGAACCUGGCUCCCACAGACUCCUCCCCCGCCUCCACCCAUCACCCCUAGGCCCCUUUGGAACAGGGCUCUGGGGUACCCCAGGGGUGUUCAAGGCUCAGGAGUGGGCAGCAGUCAGGGAGAGACAGAACUGGGGCAAAGGGAUGGUUCUGGGUCCUUCUGGCCCCAAGGUCCUGAAAAUCGAGGCAAUGGCAGGGCGUAGACUCAGGCAAAGAGGACCUUGGGAGGAACGUGUUUGCUUCACCUUUUUUGAGUGAACAAAGGACCAACCUUGAGUCAUGGGGCUGGUAGAUGCUUGGCCACAGAAGAGCAGGUGAGAAAAGGCUUGAGCUGGAGUGAAAUUUUGGCCUCAGACACCGGGAGAUUCCAGAGUCUCUGAGGGUGAAGUUUCCCACCCCCGUUUGUAGGAGAAAGAAUUUGGGGGUGGAAGGAAAAAUCCCAAAUCCCAGGCCCUGGGAAAAAAAUAGAAGAAUUACAGGGGUUUCCAUUUCACUCCACUUGUUGAUCUUGGCACUAAUGAGGCACUUCGGAAUAUCUAACCUUCACCGUUGGGUGGGGUGGGGAAGCUGCCCCUGGAACAGCCCCACCCCCAGCUGGCCGUUUCCAGAGCGAGCAGUCCUUAUAGGCAUUCUCUGGGGUCCAGCCAGUGCUCCCUGGGACCCAGUCCCCUGGAGGGGAGGUGGGGAAUCAGUGCUGCGGGGUCAGGCUUCCUCGUGGCUGCCACCAGCGAAUGAAACUUUUGUAUGAUACAUAAAGUGUUUGGGUCUAUUUUUAAUAAAAAGGGCAACUGUGAGGCGCUCUGUCCUCUGACUUUCCUUCCUCAAGCUGUUACCACGUACUGGCUAGUCACACACAACCCCCCGGGCCUGUCCCUUCCUGCCACUAGGGGGCAGCAAUUGCUUUGCCUGUGCAAGACCCCACUUGAGCUUUGACCAGGGGAUGGGCAGUCAGGUGAGGUUUUGCUUAGUAAGAGGGAUGGCUUUUGUGAGUGGUAUUCCAGCCGGAGCCAUCCAAAACAGCUGGCAUCUUCCAGAGCCCUUGACAAUGAAUCCAUUUUUGCCUGCGUCCAGGAUUGAGCAACUGAAAGAGGCUCAUCCCAGAACAAGGGUGUUCUUUGGUCCUGCUGCCUUUCAGUCUGGUUGUGUAAUGUUUUGGUCAGCUCAUAGCCACACUUAAGGCUAAAAAGAAAAAUCGAUCAGCCAAGGUGCUGCCCUGGCAGUUGAUACAAUGUGGAACAAAAUAGCUCAAAAUCGCAGCCUCAGUGCAACCAUA